GACCGCUGCGACACGAGGAAGAAAGUCCCUCGUCCUCCGCUAAGCGCUAUCCUCCACUGGUUCCCAGGGUUGUCCCGCUUGCUACUCGGCCGCUCCGUGCAUCUUUCCCCCUAGGCGUCAGGAACUGCUCCCUCAUGGCGGAGGUGAAGGUGAAGGUGCAGCCGCCCGACGCGGAUCCGGUCGAAAUAGAAAACAGGAUUAUAGAAUUAUGUCACCAGUUCCCUCAUGGAAUCACAGACCAAGUAAUUCAGAAUGAAAUGCCUCAUAUAGAGGCCCAGCAGCGGGCAGUAGCCAUCAAUAGGUUGUUGUCUAUGGGUCAGUUGGAUCUCUUAAGGAGCAAUACAGGCCUUUUAUAUAGAAUAAAGGACUCUCAGAAUGCUGGUAAAAUGAAGGGGUCAGAUAACCAAGAAAAACUAGUAUAUCAAAUCAUAGAGGAUGCAGGAAAUAAAGGAAUAUGGAGCAGAGAUAUCCGCUAUAAAAGUAAUUUGCCAUUAACAGAAAUCAACAAAAUCCUGAAGAAUUUGGAAAGUAAAAAGCUUAUCAAAGCUGUUAAGUCUGUUGCAGCCUCAAAAAAGAAGGUGUACAUGCUCUAUAACCUGCAGCCGGACCGGUCUGUGACUGGCGGAGCCUGGUAUAGUGACCAGGAUUUUGAAUCUGAGUUUGUAGAGGUGCUGAACCAACAGUGUUUUAAAUUCCUACAAUCCAAGGCAGAAACUGCACGAGAAAGUAAACAGAACCCAAUGAUACAAAGAAAUAGUUCAUUUGCCUCAUCACAUGAAGUGUGGAAAUAUAUCUGUGAAUUGGGAAUCAGUAAGGUAGAGUUAUCCAUGGAGGACAUUGAAACCAUCCUGAAUACACUCAUUUAUGAUGGAAAAGUGGAGAUGACGAUCAUCGCUGCAAAAGAAGGCACGGUUGGCAGUGUAGACGGACACAUGAAACUGUACAGGGCAGUCAGUCCAAUCAUCCCUCCCACAGGUUUGGUCCGGGCACCCUGUGGACUCUGCCCGGUUUUUGAUGACUGCCAUGAAGGUGGUGAGAUUUCACCAUCUAACUGUAUUUACAUGACAGAGUGGCUCGAAUUUUAAUAGAGAGCUAUGAACUUAAUGGACAUUUUGCAAAGGAAGUUACUUUGGGAACAGAUUUAAUUCAUGAUGGAACAUCAAAUCUCCUUGAAAGCAAACUUCAUAAUAAUGGAUAUAGACUUGCUGCUAUGAAAACAUAUUUUUUUAUUUAUGAAGACUAAAUUUAUAUUAGUAAAAUAGCCAGUAGAAUAUGAAAGAAAUAAGGUUAGUGGUGAAAUUCAUUCUUCAAGAAAUAAAACACUUUGAAACUCUGGAGGACCACAUCUUUCAAGACUCCUGAUGGGCCAAGGAAAAAGAUGCUAACAUACCCAUAUUUACCAAAUACUAUGAUAAGGGCUAGAGUAUAAAAAUGUUCUUUUUAAAGUUAUUUAUUAAUUCUUCAUUGGAAGUUUUUUCAUAUCUGGUUCACUACCACCAUUUCUGUUUUCUGCUUUCUCAGUGGUUUCAUUGAAAAGAAAUUAGAAGCGGUUAAAGGCAGGAAUAGCAAAGGAGUGUAUGCAAACUUGGGGUAUGACUGGGGGAGAGUGGAACAUGCCUGUUCCACACACUAUUCCUUUUAUAUCAGAAAUGUUCUUUUAGGAGACUAUGCUACCAUACUUACUUCAAACCCAAUGACUACUGUCAAGGAUAUAUUUUCAGUACAUAAAUAUUAUCAUUUUCAUCCAAAAGAGAAUAUUUUCACUGUUCCUUCUUUCUUAAAGUCUUGUGUUUCACUCUGUAACUCAAAUGUAUUCUUUCUUAGAAUUUACCCUAGAUUCGUAUUUAAUGUCUGCAGUAGACUGAAUGUUGUGUGUGCCCCCAAAAUUCUAAUGUUGAAAUCUCAUUUCCAAUGUGAUAGUAUGUGGAGGUGAGGCCUUUGGGAAGUGAUAGGUCAGGAGAGUAAGAGCCCUCAUGAAUGGGAUUAGUGCCCUUAUAAAAAGAGACCCAGAGAGCUCCAUCACCCCUUCUGCCAUGUGAAAGGGAGAAGACAGCCAUCUACAAAUGAGGAAGUGGGUCCUCACCAGAAAACAAAUCUGUAAGCACCUUGAUCUUGGACUUCCCAGCCUCCAGAAUUGUGAGAAAUAAAUUUCUAUUGUUGAUAAA